AUGUUUGACGACUAUGUAGAGCACGCCGCCGGCCCGUCCGCGGGACUCCCGCAGGCAGCGCCGCCACUCAGAUACGAAGGCUUUGAACCUGCGCCACACGCCGAAGAGGAUCUACUAGACGAGGGCGUGGCACUGGACGACAAUGCCGCCGUGCAGACACCUCUCUUCGAUCUCGGGCGUGUGCAGUUCACGCUCCCCGCAGCCCUGGUCGCCCUUGCAGUCUCGUCCGACUUUGUGGCCAUGGGACUCGCAUCUAAUACCGUGCUGUUGAUUGAACUCGCGCACGCCGACCGCGUCCAGUCUGUCCUCAUCCCGCGCAAGCCGCUCGAGUUCUCCAUCCAGAAACUCUUCCUCGACCCGUCCGGGCGGCACUUGAUCAUCGCAAGCUCGCAGGGAGAGAACUGGUACUAUUACCAAGGAUGGAAGAAACCCAAACAGCUCAAAUCCUGGAAGACCGUCGUCGAGAGCAUCGCGUGGGCUCGUCCGGCGCUACUCGCUUCCUCUUCGAGCACGAGCACACGUGAGAUGCUCGUGGGUGCACGUAACGGCUCGGUGUACGAGGCAUUGCUGGAUGCAGAGGAGGAUUUCUUCAAGAGCCAGGAGCGGUACUUCGUACCCGUGUUUGCGCUGCCCGACCACGCACCCGUCACUGGUCUGGCGGCGGACGUGUUUCCACCGACCGACCCACGGAGAGCUCUUGUCGCAGUGACAACGCCGAGUCGAUUCUAUCAAUUUGUUGGUGUACCGGAGCGCAGAGGAGACGAUGGAGGCGGCAGAGUCUAUGCCAACCUCUUCGCCGCAUAUAUCGAUGCGGCGCCGAAUGCGACAGAUCUUCCCAGCCCCAAUGCUUACUCUGAGUUGCACUACUACAAUGACCGGGGCGACCAAGCGCAAUCGUUGCCACAAGAAAUGGCGUGGAUGACUGGUCUGGGCGUCUAUCACGGUACCUUCAACUGGAAGGCUACGGGAGACAACCUGGUCGACAAUACACAACUAUUCCCGUACCCGCAGUUCCCCACACCUGGCAUGGAGAUGCAGGAGGCGCCCAUCUCGAUGGCUUUGACCGAGUUCCAUUUCGUCCUUCUCUACAGGGACAGGAUAGCGGCGGUCUCGACGCUUGAUGAGAAGCUUGCAUACGAGGAGAUUCUCCCGUUGAAACCUGGCGAGCAAGUACGCGGGAUCACUGCGGAUGCUGUACGCAAGACAUACUGGGUGUAUACCGAUCAAUCGCUCUUCGAACUCGUCGUUGGCAACGAGGACAGGGACGUCUGGAAGGUCUACCUCUCCAAGGGGAGGUUCGAUGUGGCUCUCAAGUACGCAAAGACGGCAGCUCAGCGCGAUGCGAUCACCACAGCACAAGCCCACGCCUACUUUGCCGAAGGGCGGUACUUCCCUGCUGCAGACGCUUAUGCGAGAUCCUCCGUCUCAUUCGAGGAGGUGACGCUCAAGUUCAUUGACGCAGGAGAGCGUGAUGCUCUUCGUACGUACCUCGUUGCGCGACUGGAACGCACGCGACGGGCGGACCUCAGUCAACGCAUGAUGCUGGCGACCUGGCUUGUAGAGUUCUUCCUGAGCAAAUGCAACGAACUUGACGAUCUAGCUGCUUCUUCCUCAGCUUCAUACGAUGUGGAGAAUGUCAGAGCCGAACGAGUCAUCGUCGAGGAGGACUUACGACAAUUCUUCCAACACCACAAGGAUAACCUCGAACCCUCUACGAUCUACGAGCUCAUCCAGGGGCAUGGGCGAACAGAUAUGUACCUCUUCUAUGCAGCCCUCAUUGGCGAUCAUGUACGCGUCGUCGAACAUCACAUCCUCGAAGAGAACUGGUCCGCUGCACUCGAUGUCAUCUCCAGACAGCAGGAUCUCGAACUCUACUAUCGUUUUGCACCAACACUUGUACGGGCUGUUCCGCGGGAGACCGUGGACGCAUGGCUACGCCGAACCGAUCUCGACCCUUUACGACUAGUGCCUGCACUGCUUCAGCUGCAACGCGCAAAACGAGACCCACUCAGCCCCAAUCAAGCUGCACGCUAUCUACAGCAUGUUGUGUUCGAAGCGGGCAACGUCACACCCACGAUCCACAAUCUCCUUAUCGCCGUCCUGUCUGCCGAGGUCGAGGGCGAGGCCGCACUGCUGCGCUUCCUAGCUGGCGCACCUGCAGAUCCACUCACAGGCCGGCCAUACUACGACCUCGACUAUGCCCUGCGCGUAUGCAAGGAGGCGGGACGUGUACAGCCCUGCGUACAUAUCUAUGCGCAAAUGGGCUUGUGGGAGAGUGCCGUCGAUCUUGCGCUUGAAAAGGGCGACGUCGAACUUGCCCAGAUGAACGCAGACAAGCCGGAAGAUGACCCUCAACUCCGCAAGGCGCUGUGGCUGAAGAUAGCCAAGUUCGUUGUCCAGGACAAGCAGGACAUCAAAAUGGCUAUGAAGUUCCUCGAGAACACGGACUUGCUCAAGAUUGAGGAUAUUCUCCCCUUCUUCCCCGACUUCGUUGUCAUCGACGACUUCAAGGAAGAGAUUGCCGGUGCACUUGAGGGCUACAGUGCACAGAUCGAUGCGCUCAAGGCCGAAAUGGACGACGCGACGCGCGCGGCGGAUGCUAUGAAGGAGUCCGUUGCAGCACUCAAGAACCGCUUCGUGACGCUCGACGUGGGCGAAAGGUGCUCAGAGUGCUCGUUGCCCCUGCUCACACGCCAGUUCUACGUCUUCCCUUGUCAACAUGCGCUACAUGCGGACUGCCUUAUCGGACUCUCGCGAGAGUACCUCCCACGUUCCGCGCUUCAGCGCGUACUCAGGUUACAAACUGAGCUGCUCAAGGCGCACCCAGGUGCACUUGACCGUGGUGCGAUCACUCACUUGCAAGCCGCGGCUGGCGCUGCCCGCCGUGAUCCGCUCGGGUUCGCGCAGAGUGCCGCGGCGGCACCCGCGCGAACACUCAUGUCUGCCGGGGGAGGGCUUGGUCGCAACUUGCUCUCGGCUGGAGACCGUCUCCGCGAUCUCAUCGUCCCUGAUGCGCUCGCUAGCGUCGUUGCAGCACCAGUUGGAUGGAUCCCAGGAAUGGGCACUGCAAAUGGAAACGGGACGGCUACGCCAGGAGCACGGGGGUCUGCACGUGGAGGGGCGGUACCGCGGGACGCCCAAAGAGCGGAGAAGCUGCGCGCCGAGCUCGAGGAUAUCCUUGCAGCAGCUUGCCCGUUGUGUGAGAGCGUCAUAGCUGGGCUCGAUAAACCAUUUAUUAAGGAAGGAGAAGGCGACCAGGGUUGGGAAUUAUAG